UCUAAAUUUAGUUAGUCAGCUAGAAAAUGUCAAUACACAACAGAUCAUGUCAGAAUAAGUUGAGAUUUCAACACAAUGUCAUCGUUUACGAUUAUUCUUACAAUUUCUUUAGUGUUAGGAUUCUUACCUAAGACAAAUUCACAUUUAAAUUUAUAUCUGGACCCGAAAGAGACAUUGCGGUUAUUGGGUAUUAAAUCCUCAGAACUUUAUUACGUGAGAAAUGGAAUUAUCAAUAAUUAUGCACUGUCAUUUGAAAUGCCAAUCAACUAUGAUGUUAAAGAAAUUUACUUUACAUGGCAGAGCUUACGUCAGACUCCUGCAAUGCUGUUUAGCUUGAGAUUCAAUGUGUCUAAUUCAAGAGCCAUGUCCCAGCCAAGAGCUAACAUCACAAGUGAUGGCUAUGUACCUAACACAUUAUCUGUUUUCAAGGUAGAAUUUCCAUGUACAGGAAAGAUUAGUGGAGAGGUUAUAGUCAACAUGCAGUUGAAUAUCAGUAUUUUCUCUGCAUCAAAUCUAACUGUCUUAAAUCUAGUCAGGAGAAAAAUGUGUAUAAAAGAUAAAGUUCAACAGUCGUUCCUAGAUGAAGGCAGUGUACAAGUUGAUACUCCAAAAGUUUUCCCUACUCCGCCAAACAUUUCACAUGCUGUUCACAAGGGCAUGUCUAAUACUCUAGAUCAGCCACCGUCCAAAGAAACAGCCAUGUCAACCCAUGUGUUCUAUAUAGCUGUUGGAUGUGCUUGUGGUGUAAUUCUCCUCAUUGCAUUAGCUGUCGCAGUUUAUUACCUCAAUACACAGAAGAACUCAUCCAGGGGAUAUAACGAAAGAAUAAAGUAUUAUGAUACCAACAGCAGUUCUCAAGCAUUAACAAAGCAACAGAGCCAGUCAUUUAUCAGACCAGAAACUCCUAUGGAAAAUAGCAUUAAAGGUUCAAUAAGAAAUUUUUCCUGUGGACCCUCACCAAUACCAGAAUUAUGUCCACCUGAGCCUGCUGAAGUCUUAAAUGAAAUUGCUAUUGGCAGAGAAAGAAUCUCAUUAAAAGAUGUCUUAAUGGAAGGAACAUUUGGAAGGAUAUAUGAAGGAAUAUUAUUAAGUGAUGACCAGAAUCAGUUUGGUGUAGAUCAAGAAAUUAUUGUAAAAACUGUCACUGAUCAAGCUCGUGAAGACCAAGUACAACUAUUUUUAUCGGAAAGCUGUAUGAUGAAAAGUCAAGUGAACGCCAAUAUUUACCCAGUAAUAGGUUCAUGUAUUGGAGAUGGACUUCUACCUUAUAUCAUUUAUCCAAAUACCACAGUUGGCAACCUCAAAAAAUUCCUACUUCAGUGCAGAGUCUCAGAUACUGGUUCACAUUGUCCAAUGUCAACACAGCAAAUAGUGUUCAUGGCAUUACAGAUAAUCAAAGGGAUUCAGUUCCUUCACAGAAAAAGAAUCAUUCAUAAAGAUAUAGCAGCUAGAAAUUGUGUCAUUGAUGGUGAUUGUGUUAUAAAGAUAACAGACAAUUCUUUAGCCAGAGAUUUGUUCCCAUCAGAAUAUAACUGUCUCGGAGACAAUGAAAACAGACCUGUUAAGUGGUUAGCAGUAGAGGCCAUUGUAGAGAGGAGAUUCUCAUUUCCCAGUGAUGUGUGGUCAUUUGCUGUAACAGUAUGGGAAAUGCUAACUUUAGGCCAGAUUCCUUAUGCAGAAAUAGAUCCGUUUGAAAUGGCUGGUUAUUUACGAGAAGGAUACAGAAUAGCCCAACCUAUGAACUGUCCAGAUGAACUAUUUACCGUGCUUUCUUAUUGUUGGAAUACUAAUCCUGACGACAGACCAAAGUUUUCACAGUUACUUAUCUGUUUACAAGACUUCUACACUGCACUCGGGAGAUAUGUCUGAUAUUAACAUACCAUUGUGUGCUUCUGUGUAACAUCAUUCUGAUCCAAGGCAUGACACUGAAUAAUGUGCUGAAAUAUUCAAAUAGACUUCCAGAUCAGCAAAAUCAUAUCAAUGAAGAAAUAUAUGUAAAUGAGGACAGUAAGAGUGACAAAUAUUUGUGCAACAAUUGUGAAAUCCUGUUUUUAUCAAACUAUAGCCCAAAUAUCAGUAAUAUGAUAGAAGGUAUUUGACAAGAGUAUUUUACUCUUAAACAAUGCCAAAGACUAUAAAAUAGAAUAAUCAACAAAGAUCAGACAAUACCCUGUCUCAAUUUCUGUGGUGUAUGUUCAUCAGGUCUUUGACAACUUGUGAAAAUAUGUUUUACAAGAGAUUGUUGGUUUGUUUUAUGCUCAGGAAAUGUGUAUGACAGAUAGAUGUUUUACUUCACUCAGUCAGUGUUAAAAUGGAUAAUUAUGGAUAAUAUAUACUACUUUGUAAGAGGGAAUUCAUAGCUUGCCAAGCUAUGAAUUCUUGGUAUCAGUACAAUCCAUUUAUAUAAACAAAUGUGUAAUUAUAAUAAAGGUAAGAAAGUGGCAGGUCAACAAGAAUCCAGAGCAAUUAAGAUAAACCAGACCAGAGAUGCAAAGAGCAACUGUGGUCUUUCAGUAGAAAAAUCGUGAUAUAAGGAAAAUUGCCUAAUAAAUAGCUGUUUUAUUCUAUAUGUUCCUUGUGUCUGAUUUCUAGCUAAAAACAAAAUUGCCAAAAAAAAAGUAAAAUAGUCUAUAUCUGUCAACUUUGUAUUAUUCUAAUGACCUGAAAAUCAUGGUUUAUUUUAUAGUUUGGAACAUUUGAUAUUUUUCAACAACAUUCAUGAAUAGCUUGAAUAUAAUAACUUAAUUAUACAAGUUUCAAAAUAUUUGUCAGAUCAGUUCUAGAAUGGCAAUGGGCUAAUGCAAUAUUGUAAUUAAAUAGCUAAUGUAAAUAGAUUUUUAUGAUUUAAAGCAAAAGAUAUGUGGAUUUUAGAGAUUUCAACUACUUAAUUUAAAGAUUUUUGUUUUUUAUAUACUUUUUUGUAUUUUGUCAAGAGUUUGAAUUGCAGAAUAUGAGGGAUGCUCCAUAGAUAAAUGUAUUGGCAAUCAGAGGGCAGUUUUUAUUUUAACCCACAAUUUAUAACAUUUCAGUAACUUGUUUAUAAUUGAAAGUAUUUGUUUCGUUCUUUCGUUCAUUGUACCAUCACUUUCUUCCAGAUUAUUUUACAGUCUUUCAGCUUGUUAAUGACUAGCAUGCAACUGCAUGAUUAACAAAGUAAUUUUUUUUUUAAUCUCAGUUUUCUGAUGAUCAGUGGUGACUUAAUAGUGGAAUGCAUAGAUAAAGCCUUUAAAGGGGGAAUUAAAUUUGUAAGACAUGGUGGUCAAAUGUCUGCUUUCUUUGUAUUCAAUUUAUUAUUCAAGCAGAUUAUUUGGAAGUCUGGAAUAAAUGAAUAAGCUAUAGAUGAUUGGAGAAAGUUGUUUGCCUUGAAAAUAAAAAUGUGUUUGUAUAAUUUGUUGUUUGUGCCAAAUUAGACAUCAUUGUAGAAAAAGUUCAUGUGUAUAUUUUUAUUAAUCAUAAUUACAUAAAAGUUUGUUUAUAUAUAUUAUUUACAUUUUUGUUUUCAUUUCAUCAGUGCCAUAUAUUGAACUGAAGUGUUCAUUUUAUAAUUGUGAUAGUAAUCUAAUUAUUUUUUUCAUUGAAAGACAUGCUUUGAUGGCGUAAAGAUAGUGUCGUUCAUCCUCUUUUAUUUGUACUAAAUAUAAAAAUGUAUAAAAUAUAGAUUGUUUAAGUGUAUCAUCUUAGAUUGAAGGGGUCUAGUGUAAAAAAGGUUUCUUGUACCCUGUCUAUGUCUGUUUUAAAAUGAACUUCAAUUGUUUGGUUUAAUUUGAUUUGAUCACUAAUAUAGAGAUGUGAAAUUGUUAUAAUUUGACAGUUUGUACUUACACAAAUAAAUGUGAGAACCAAUGAGCAUAUUCUAUUUGUUAUUUUAUCUCCAGAAAGGAAUCAAAGACUAGUAUCUGUGAUACAAGUUAUCUCUUUAAAUAAAAACUAGACUUAAAAUAUUUUACAAAAUUUCCUACUUACACCUUAAUAUUAUUUUUAAGGAGACUAUAAGGUCAAACAUUUUGGAUAUCCUAAAGUUAAUACGGAUGGUACUAAGUAACAAUGAGUGCUAGAAAAUCUUAUUAUAAUGUAUUUUUGUACAAAGACAUGGGUUCUCAUAUUUAGGACUCAUUGUAUCAAUUUAAAAAUGUUAUAUGAUUCUAAGAGGUAUUCAACCCUUUAUUUACUUACUUCUUAUAAUAGAAAUCAUGAUUGUUUUAACUUGUGAAAAGAUGAGAACAUUAAAGUUGUCACUAUAUGGACCAGGAGAUAAGCUAAUUUUUUUCUUCAACUAUUUUAUCAGUUUAAGGAUGAAUUAUUGAACAUUUUAACAUAAAACAAUCAGUGUGAUAUUGUAUGAACAUCUCUAUGGAAUAUAUGUACUUGUAUGUGCUGCUGACUGUAACAGUUAUUGGAACUUGGCACUGUAAAAUCUUAAAUUGAUGUAAGAGGGUAUUGAAAAUUAAUUUGGUUCCAGUGUUUAUUUCUUAUCUGGUUUGUGAAAUACAUUUUUAUAUUAUUUGUACAUUUUGUACUUUAAAUAUUGACUGUGGUUGGUCACUUAUUUCAGCAGGUAUGAUAAUUAUUUCUAUCCUAUUUUAAUUUGAUUUCAGUAGGAAUAAUAAUUAUUUCUAUCCCAUUGAUUUAAUGUUAUUUCAGCAGGAAUAAUAGUUAUUUCUAUCCCAUUAAUUUUUAUGUUAUUUCAGCAGGAAUGAUAAAAGAUUAAAACGUGCCUUUUUAGAUAUUUGUCCUGUUAUUAUCCCUAGAUCUUGGCAUCUACCAGAGGACUUUAGUCCCAGGGUAAAUAGCAAUCGAGGGAUAAUAACAGAGCAGAUAUGGAAAAGACAGAUAUUUUAUUUAUUUAUCACUUAUUUGUGUGUAUCAAUGAUGAUAUAUUUUUUGAAAUAAAUUUUAAAGACAAAAACAACAACAAAGUUCUGAAAUCUUUUAAUAACAUUGUAACAGGAUUUCUAUAAAUGUAAAUAGUUAACACUAUUUCCUAAUAAAUGAUCUGGUAUGAUUAUCUGAUUCUGUAACAAAACACCCAUUUAUAAAAGUCUUCCUGCUCCGCCAUAAUGCAGAAUAACAUCCUUUACAGAUCAGAGACAUGACAUCAUAGACAGAUCACAGGCGUGGCGUCAUAACUCAAUUGGUUUGUUCUUUUGAAUACGGCAAAAUUACAUGUCAAUCUAUCCUAUGGUUUUGCUCCUAUCAAAAUAUUACUGGGCAGAUUUUGUUAGUAUGACAUGUGCAAAACUGCCGAAAGUUUUGAUCUAAAUAUGUGAUAAUCAUGAUUUCAAUCCUAUAGAUUUAAUGUUAUUAAAUAGACUUAUUUUGUCAUGAUGUAUGACAUUUUGAAAGUGUUUUCAUUGAAAUCUGUGCUGAUUGACAUUUAUUUUUCACAAGGCUUUGGAGCAGUGUGUUGAUUUAUAGUUUUAUAAAAGUGUCAUGAAGCUUCAUAUACUAACAAUGUUUUGUUUUAUAAUAUCAUUGUACUUGCAGUAUUAAAUAAAUAAAUUUAUCAGAAAGA